GGGGGCUGCGAUGGGACGGGAGCCAUGAAUGGUCCCGCCCCCGGCCCCGCCGCCGCCCCCGCCCCGGUCCCCGACUGGCGGCAGUUCUGCGAGCUGCACGCGCAGGCGGCCGCCGUGGACUUCGCGCACAAGUUCUGCCGCUUUCUGCGGGACAACCCGGCCUACGACACGCCUGACGCCGGGGCCUCCUUCUCCCGCCACUUCGCCGCCAACUUCCUGGACGUCUUCGGCGAGGAGGUGCGCCGCGUGCUGGUGGCCGGGCCCGCGCCGCGGGGGGCAGCUGAGCCCCCCGACGCCAUGGAGCCCGAGCCGGCGGGGCCCGCGGCGAUCAAGGCAGCCGCCUACGGCCACUCGCGGAGCUCGGAGGACGUGUCGACGCAGGCGGCGGCCAAGGCCCGCGUCCGCAAGGGCUUCUCGCUGCGCAACAUGAGCCUGUGCGUGGUAGACGGUGUGCGCGACAUGUGGCACCGGCGCGCCUCGCCCGAGCCCGACGCGGGCGCCGCCCCGCGGGCCGCCGAGCCCCCUGCCGAGCCGCGCGACAAGUGGACGCGGCGCCUGCGGCUGUCGCGGACGCUGGCGGCCAAGGUGGAGCUGGUGGAUAUCCAGCGCGAGGGCGCGCUGCGCUUCAUGGUGGCCGACGACGCGGCCGCGGGCCCGGGCGGCACGGCCCAAUGGCAGAAGUGUCGCCUGCUCCUGCGCAGGGCGGUGGCCGGCGAGCGCUUCCGGCUCGAGUUCUUCGUGCCGCCCAAGGCCUCCAGGCCCAAGGUCAGCAUCCCUCUCUCGGCCAUCAUCGAGGUCCGCACGACUAUGCCCCUGGAGAUGCCAGAAAAAGACAAUACAUUUGUGCUCAAGGUCGAGAACGGAGCUGAGUAUAUCCUGGAGACCAUUGACUCACUGCAGAAGCACUCAUGGGUGGCUGAUAUCCAGGGCUGCGUGGACCCCGGGGACAGUGAGGAAGAUGCCGAGCUGUCCUGCACCCGGGGAGGCUGCCUGGCCAGCCGAGUGGCCUCCUGCAGCUGUGAGCUGCUGACAGACGCAGGGGACCUGCCCCGGCCCGCAGAGACAACAGCAGCCGUGGUGACAGCGCCACACAGCAGAGCCCGCGAUGGCGUUGGGGAGUCCCUGGUCCAUGUCCCGCUGGAGACCUUCCUGGAGACACUGGAGUCCUCGGGUGGCGGCGGCAGGGACAGCAAUAAUACAGGGGAGGAGGGAGCGGAGCUGGAGCCGGAGGCUGAGCCUGAGCUGGAGCUCUCGGACUACCCCUGGUUCCACGGGACGUUGUCACGGGUCAGGGCAGCUCAGCUGGUGCUAGCAGGCGGGCCCCGGAGCCACGGCCUCUUCGUGAUCCGCCAGAGUGAGACUCGGCCUGGGGAGUACGUGCUGACCUUCAACUUCCAGGGCAAGGCCAAGCACCUGCGCCUGUCCUUGAAUAGCCACGGGCAGUGCCACGUACAGCACCUGUGGUUCCAGUCCGUGCUUGACAUGCUGCGCCACUUCCACACCCACCCGAUCCCACUGGAGUCCGGGGGCUCUGCAGAUAUCACCCUCCGCAGCUAUGUGCGGGCCCAGGGCCCCCCACCCGGUCGGGCCCACAGGGUAGCAGGGGACAGCCAGGGAGGCCCAUUGCGGCGUGAUGGGCAGCCACAGAGGGCUGGCGUGCCCGGGCUGCCUGUUGGGGGCACUGACAGGGCUGGGGACCGCAGGUGUGAGGGGCAGGGAGUGGUACAUGAGAGCAGCCAGGUUGAGGAGGCCUUGAACGCCAUCCAGACCCGAAGGGCCCUGGGGAGCCAGAACCAGUUUGAGACGGGAGCGGAGAUGGUAAGAGAUGGGGUUAGAGCCUUGGAGAGGCGAGCCACUGCCACUGAUACGCUCUCUUGGGAGGCGCCCUCAGCCCAGAGGCAGGUACGCUGUGAGGCUAAGUCUGGGCCCAUGCGCAUGACCGAGAUGACCUGGUCUCAGAGCGCUUUGGGCUAA